AUGCCGCGACAGUCCUGGCAAGAGAUUCUCAGUGAUCUCAAUCGCGACCUGGCUCGGGAUUCUCCUUCUGACGUGCUUCAAUGGGGAGCUGAUUGGUUCCAAGCUCAGCUCAAGCGUGAUCGUAUGUCAGCAAACUCGGAUAGCCCCAUGACUGGAAAUCAACGAUUCCCACCUACAGGCUUGGGCGGACUCUCUGCCAUUCCACCCAACAUGCAACAUCACCUCUACCCUCACGGAGCUCCUUCUCCAUUCUCUGAGCAUUUCCCUCAAGAUUCUCCUUUCGCACCUCGUCGAGCAACCGAACCAACACCGAUCAGUUCUAGGAAUGGUGCUCCCAUGUUCGCCUCUCCAUUCGGAGGAGGUGCUGCCAUUCCUCCUGCGGGUGAAAUGCCUGUAGGAGCAAAUCUUGGUCCUCGAUCUUCCAUCUCAGCGCCAGAUGAACCGCCCAUCCCAGCCUAUGCGCUUGGUAGGAGAACUUCAGUAUCUGCUGAAUCCUUGGUCCCCACCAAUCGACGGGCAUUCUCCGUAUCUGCUGGAGGUCUCGAGGUUUUGGCAGAGGACGAAGGACCGGGAGCUACAAGCAUGCCUCAUUAUCCUAAAUCCGAAGAGCAGCUUGCCAGGAUCAGAAACGCCAUCAAACCCAACUUUUUGUUCAGAAACCUGGAUGAAGAGCAAGAGGCAGAUGUGCUAGGAGCAAUGAAAGAGGUCCAAGUGCCUGCGGGCGAUUUGGUGAUUGAACAAGGUGCUGCUGGAGACUUUUUCUACGUCGUCGAACGUGGAGUUUUGGACGUAUACGUCAAGAGGGACGGACAAGUCUUGGAUCAGGACAAGGGAGAUCAUCAGAAGCUGGGCAAAAAGGUCGCAGAGUGCAAGGAGGGCAGCUCGUUUGGCGAAUUGGCAUUGAUGCACAAUGCUCCUCGUGCCGCCUCCAUCCUAUCCCUCACGCCUUGCACGCUCUGGGCACUGGAUCGUGUCUCAUUCAGGACCAUUCUACUUGAUCACACAUCACGCAAGAGGAGAUUAUAUGAAAUCUUCCUAUCAGAAGUCCCCAUCUUAGCCACGCUCCAGCCUCAAGAGCGUGCCAAAAUCGCGGAUGUACUCGAGUCCAGGACAUAUGCCGAUGGAGAGGACGUCAUUGUCGCCGGCGAAGCGGGCGAAGAAUUCUUCCUCGUGGAAUCGGGUGAAGCUGUUGCGUUAAAGAGCGAUGAAAGCGGACAACCUCAGGUGGUCAAGCAGUACGGCAAGGGGGACUACUUUGGAGAACUUGCCCUGCUCAACCGACAGGCGCGUGCGGCGACUGUCCGUGCUCAAGGCAAACUCCGCGUCGCUGCUUUGGGUGAACAAGCAUUUACUCGACUACUAGGACCCGUCAAGGACAUUAUGGCUAGGUCUGUGGGAGAAAUGUACGGAUACACAGCUGCUAGGUAG